GGCGCGGGGCGGAGGGCGCCGGAGGGCGAGCGGGCAGGCGGGCACGGCGGGUUCCGGGCCAGCCCCGGGGGCAGACGGUUGGCCGGGCGCGCGGAGCCUAGCCGGGGCCUUGCCGGAGCCGGGCCGGGCAGCAGGGGCCGCCGCCGCCCGGGCCCGCCGCCCGCGCCCCCCACGCUGGCCCAGAGGGCUGCGGCCGCGUCGCCGCUGAGGAUGUCCCGGAAGGGGCCGCGGGCGGAGGUGUGUGCGGACUGCAGCGCCCCGGACCCUGGCUGGGCCUCCAUCAGCAGGGGCGUGCUGGUGUGCGACGAGUGCUGCAGCGUGCACCGGAGCCUGGGCCGCCACAUCUCCGUCGUCAAGCACCUGCGCCACAGCGCCUGGCCUCCCACACUGCUGCAGAUGGUGCACACGCUCGCCAGCAACGGGGCCAACUCUAUCUGGGAGCACUCCCUGCUGGAUCCCGCGCAAGUGCAGAGCGGCAGGCGCAAAGCCAACCCCCAGGACAAAGUCCACCCCAUCAAGUCAGAGUUCAUCAGGGCCAAGUACCAGAUGCUGGCGUUCGUGCACAAGCUUCCCUGCCGGGACGACGACGGGGUCACUGCCAAAGACCUCAGCAAGCAACUGCACUCGAGUGUGCGGACAGGCAACUUGGAGACGUGUCUGCGCCUGCUGUCCCUGGGCGCCCAGGCCAACUUCUUCCAUCCAGAGAAGGGCACCACACCUCUGCACGUGGCUGCCAAGGCGGGCCAGACCCUGCAGGCUGAGCUGCUUGUAGUGUAUGGGGCUGAUCCUGGCUCCCCCGAUGUCAAUGGCCGCACACCCAUUGACUAUGCCAGGCAGGCGGGGCACCAUGAGCUGGCGGAAAGGCUAGUCGAGUGCCAGUAUGAGCUCACUGACCGGUUGGCCUUCUAUCUCUGUGGACGCAAGCCGGAUCACAAAAAUGGGCAUUACAUCAUCCCACAGAUGGCUGACAGAUCUCGGCAAAAGUGCAUGUCUCAGAGCCUAGACCUGUCCGAGUUGGCCAAAGCCGCCAAGAAGAAGCUGCAGGCGCUCAGCAACCGGCUUUUUGAGGAACUUGCCAUGGACGUGUACGACGAGGUGGAUAGAAGAGAAAAUGAUGCCGUGUGGCUGGCCACCCAGAACCACAGCACCCUGGUGACGGAGCGCAGUGCCGUGCCCUUCCUGCCCGUGAACCCCGAAUACUCAGCCACACGGAAUCAGGGGCGGCAGAAGUUGGCCCGCUUUAAUGCCCGAGAGUUUGCCACCCUGAUCAUAGACAUUCUCAGCGAGGCCAAGCGGAGACAGCAGGGCAAGAGCCUGAGCAGCCCCACAGACAACCUCGAGCUCUCUGCAAGGAGCCAGAGUGACCUCGACGACCAGCACGACUACGACAGUGUGGCCUCGGAUGAGGACACGGACCAGGAACCCCUGCGCAGCGCUGGUGCCACUAGGAACAACCGUGCCCGGAGCAUGGACUCCUCAGACCUCUCUGACGGGGCCGUGACCCUGCAGGAGUAUCUGGAGCUGAAGAAGGCUCUGGCCACCUCCGAGGCGAAGGUGCAACAGCUCAUGAAGGUCAACAGCAGUCUGAGCGAUGAGCUCCGGAGGCUGCAGAGGGAGAUUCACAAGCUGCAGGCAGAGAACUUGCAGAUCCGGCAGCCGCCGGGGCCGGUGCCCACAGCCCCGCUGCCCAGCGAGCGGGCAGAACACACAUCGAUGGGGCCUGGCGGGAGUGCCCACCGCAGGGACCGCCAGGCCUUCUCCAUGUAUGAACCAGGCUCCGCCCUGAAGCCCUUUGGGGGCCCACCUGGGGAUGAGCUCACCACCCGGCUCCAGCCUUUCCACAGCACUGAGCUGGAGGACGACGCCAUCUAUUCAGUACACGUCCCUGCUGGCCUUUACCGGAUCCGGAAGGGGGUGUCGGCCUCCGCCGUGCCCUUCACUCCCUCCUCCCCACUCCUGUCCUGCUCCCAGGAAGGAAGCCGUCACACGAGCAAGCUUUCCCGCCACGGCAGCGGUGCCGACAGCGACUAUGAGAACACGCAAAGUGGGGACCCACUGCUUGGAAUGGAAGGGAAGAGGUUUCUUGAGCUGGGCAAGGAAGAGGACUUCCACCCAGAGUUGGAAAGCCUGGAUGGAGACCUUGACCCUGGGCUUCCCAGCACAGAGGAUGUCAUCCUAAAGACGGAACAGGUCACCAAGAACAUUCAGGAAUUGUUACGGGCUGCCCAAGAAUUCAAGCACGACAGCUUUGUGCCCUGCUCAGAGAAGAUCCAUUUGGCUGUGACCGAGAUGGCCUCUCUCUUCCCAAAGAGGCCAGCCCUGGAGCCUGUGCGUAGCUCGCUGCGGCUGCUCAAUGCCAGCGCCUACCGGCUUCAGAGCGAAUGCCGGAAGACCGUGCCCCCGGAGCCGGGCGCCCCUGUGGACUUCCAGCUGCUGACUCAGCAGGUGAUCCAGUGCGCCUACGACAUUGCCAAGGCUGCCAAGCAGCUGGUCACCAUCACCACCCGAGAAAAGAAGCAGUGACCACUCUCCCUGCACCCUCACCUGCACCCUGGGACCUCACUGGCCAUGGGAGCUGGGCCACUCCAGACACUAACCCCCACCCCAACAGAGCCGCUGGCGCAAGUGCCCUUAGUGCUGCCACUCUCCCCUGGCAGCCAGGCGCCCUGGUGCCCGCCCCCCUCAAGCCCCCAAGGAUGGGGAGGUGGGGUGGCAGGAGCUUCUGUCCCCCACAUUCCAUGGACCUCCCCCUGUACAUAGCAUUCCCCUCUUCCC